AUGAGACGCGCACGGGCAUCUCCCGAGAGGGUCACCGACAUCACCGGCAUCGCGGCGUCGAGAGAUGGCUUCGCGGUGGGGCGAACCAAGGGCGGGUUUAGAGUGGCCAUCUCGCUCGCUCUGUUAGUCGGCAUCUACUUCUUCUCGGCGGUUUGGGGCAGGGGUGCGACUUCUACCACCGGUGCAUCGUCUGACAUCGCAUCGGCGGGGGUGACGAGGCGAGUAAUCGGCGACGGCCGCGUGGAGGCCAUCUGGAACGUCCCGGCGAGCGCAAAAGGGACGGUGCUGGCUCUGCACGGGUGCUCGCACUCCGCGCUGGACUGGUUCCCGAGAGACGAAUCGAGAUGCCCGGAGUGUCGGGGUUUGGCGCAGGAGCAGAAGAUCACGAACGCCGCGCUAGACGCCGGGUACGCGCUUCUCGCCGUGUCUUCCGCGGGGCACUGCUGGAGCCGGGACGACGUGCCGAGGUUGGCGCUCGCCCUGGACGCGUACGGCGCGGAACACGGCGCGUCGAGGCGUCGACCAAUGUACGCAUUCGGAGCGUCCAGCGGCGGGUCCUUCGCCGGCGUACUCCCCUCUCUCUCGGAUCUCCCUCGACGCCCCGACGGUCUGAUCAUUCAAAUCGCGGGUGGACCCGGCGGUACCGGGUUAGGGUUAGCGCAUUACCCACCCACGGUGCUGAGUCACAUGCCACGGGACGAGUCGACGGCGGCGGCGGUGCGUCGCUCGAUUGACGAGUUGACGGCGGCGGGGGCGCGCGUUCUGGAGCACAGGUUGGAGAGGAGGGCUCUGACCCCGUCGUUUUUCGAGGAGGAGAGCGCGGGAAAGGUCACGGCGCGGGAGAGCGCGGGAUUGUUCCACGCGCUCAGGGACGAGCUCGGGGUUCUGGACGCGCACGAUCUGCUCAUCCGCGACCCGAGGUCGUUUGACGUCGGCCAAAUCGCCAAACUGCGCGAACGGACGCCGGCGUGGGACUCGCUCGUUCCGGACGAGAGCGACGUGAGGGAGAUCCUGAACGUGGCGUACGCCGCGCACGAGCUGUCCGCGCAGGACUUCAUGAAAAACCUGCGGUGGAUCGUAGACGCGAGUAGCGCGUGA